AUGUUUGUUAUAUUAUGAGUUGUGGAAUGCUAAUUAAUCAGUCGAUGUAUGUUGAUCCACAUUUGCGUGAAGAAAAUAAUUUUCAUCAACAAUAGUUAUGUUCAAUAGUGAAGUCUGCCUGAAGAUUAGAAGAGUGUUUUCAGUACUUGUAGCAGGUUGUCGGUUUCAUUCUGUCAAGAACAGAAGUCAACAAACACAGGAAGCAGUAUUGCCUUACGUGGUUUCAGUUAGUAACUACACGCGUUUUGGCACACAUAUUUGUGAUAUAUUUUCUAAAGCACGUAUGAACGCAUCUAAAAUGACGGAACACAACUAUUUCAAGUUCACAGAUUACGAUUGGAUUGGUUUUGAUUUAGACAAUACUCUGUGUAAAUAUAAUGUAGAGAAUAUGAUAAAAAUGGAGUACGAUGUCUUGUCGAAAUAUCUUGUCGACAGCAAGGGCUACCCCGGAAAGCACUUAUUGAAACCUGUUGAUGAUGACUUCAAUUACAUUAGGAAAGGGUUGAUGAUUGAUUUUGAUAAAGGUAAUCUUUUACAAAUUGGCAAGGGUGGGAAAGUUCUUCGGGCAUGCCACGGUACCAGAGUGUUGACCAACAAUGAAAUAGUCGAAUAUUAUGGACAAGACAGAAUGUGGAAAUUGGCUGGGGAAUUUUACGAGGACAUGCUCGGUGCAUGGAAUGGUCCGCUGUCACUCAAAUUAAGAACUGUACUGGAUAGCUUUGAUAUGCCUGCCUCCCUUGCAUUUGCCCGCAUAAUAGAUACAUUAGAUGAAAAAGGACGAGAACUAGAUAAGUAUAAUGUUUGGCCUGAUGUGCUAGACGGUUUAUAUUUCAUGUAUCAAAGAGAACACUUUGGUACGGAUACUGGCGGCUACUUUCCUGCCAUGAAAACGUCUCCUGAACAAUAUAUUUACCGAUGCAGUGAUAACGUAACCUCUUGGUUGAAAAGUCUGAAGAAACAAGCAAGAACGUUUUUAUUAACGGGCUCAAAUGUUGAUUUUGCAUCAUUUGCGGCGCGGAAUUCCUUAGGCGAAGAUUGGGUCGAAUUAUUCGACAUAGUCAUUUGUUUCGCCAGGAAGCCUGGAUUUUUUACAGCCUCAAGGGAAUUUGUCGCAACUGAAGAUGGUAAGGAAACUGUAUCUGUGACUGUAAAUGAUCUGCAAUUGAAUAAAGUUUACAGUCAGGGCAACUGGAAGGAAUUGAGACAAGUUUUCUCCAAAGCUGUAGGAAAACAAAAUCCCAGAUGUUUAUAUGUAGGAGACAACUUGAUCCAGGAUAUAUAUGUACCAUCAAAAUACGUGGAUUUAGAUACAGUUGCAAUUGUGGACAAUAUGUUGGAAGAAGAGCAGCAAGUGUCUGUCGACAGCAGCAGUUCAGGGGUGUCGUCUUCACGGCCUUGGGCAUCUUAUUUCGGUUGUGAAAUUCAUGGUAUUAGUAUAUGGAGUGAUAUUAUACGUAAACAUUCAAAAAUAUGCGUACCGAGUGUUGAUGUCCUUGCAAACUAUCCGGUUGAUUACUUGUGGACUUCAUUUAGAUUUGAAGAUCAUAAUUGCAAAGAACAUGGUUUCCAUCCAGAAGCCCCUGUAAUUUUUCGUUGAGCAUGUUCCGUAAUGGUUUCAAUUCAGUGGUGGGAGGAAGCAUGUGAAUGAAUGAGCUAGUGAAGGUGAACUCAUUUUACUUUGUGAGUGGGUGUAACAGAUUGACAGACUAAAAACAGUAUUAUCACGUAGUAUCUUGUGUAAUUAGUUGGAAAAACAUAUGUAUAUAUUGGCGAUGUUGGUGGUGUAUGUGUGAAAUAUUAUUGUUUAUGUGUAGAUAUUAAAUUUCAAUAAAUAAUUCAAAACUCCUGAAA